GCGAAUACAAACACUUGAAAAUGUGUCACAAAAUCCACCAUGCUAUGCUCCGUGUGUGUUAAAUUGCAGAGAUUGGCCAUCGAUUUUCUCAGUCAGGUGGAGACAGUCGACGUGUACGGAUGCUAAACGGUUAAAACAAAGCGCGUCACGGUGAAAAAUUGCAAACAAAAAAAAAAACAACAAAUAGGAUGAAAUAACUAUUCACCAGUUGUGAACAGCUAGAAAAACUGUUGAAAAUUAUAUAUAUAUGAAAUAACUGAAAACUAGUUAUACAAUAUUACUAAACUGAAAAAUCGUUAUUGUAAAAGUAAAAUUUGUCUAUACAGUCAAAAGAAAAUGAGCUAACCUACAGGAAAAAGAGAAUCCAGUGAAAAGGAAAUACAUUCACAUGCACACAGGCACAUGCUCACACAUAUCACAUAAUUCGCAAAUUGGGGCGCAUGAAGAAAGUAUGAAAAAGGCGUUUCUAUACUAGUGGAUACUAAAAUAAAAAAUAAAAGUAAACGGUAAACAAUUCUUUUUUUAAAUUUGAAUAAAGUAAGUGGUGCAAAAGAGACUGCUACCAUUUGACUCAAGUUAACUCAUAUACGCCUGAAAACGUGCACAAACCAUAAAAACGUCUGUGAAUAUACAUACUAGAAGUAGGCACUGCUAGAUUUUAAGCUCAGAGAAGCAGCACUGAUAAAAACGAAAUUUUUAUGGAUAACACUACAAGAUAUUAUGUAGGUUUGAGGAUUAUUUUUGUGAAGAACUAAAAUACACACUUUCUUUUUUACAACGAACAAGCAUCAGUAUUUAUAUAUAUUUGUAUGCAGGUGAAAAAUGUUGAAAUAAAAAAACCUAAAUUGAUUACAAAAAGGAUAUGAUGUUAAAUGUGGAAACGGAUGUGUAGUGACUGCUAACGUAUACAUUUUAAAUUUCUUCAACUUCUCCCGCUUAUGCUGACGCGUUGCUAGUAGCAAUGGUCGUUGUAACUUCGGCUAGCAUACUGGUGCUUUUCUUUAUCACCCUUCUCCCUCAGUGGUGAUUUCUGUAGCACGUUCGUAUGCUGCUGCCACUGUUGCUCUGCUUCAUGGCGUCUUCAGCUGCUUAUGGACUUUCUAUAAAGGUACAUUUUCUCUAGUUGUUGGUACUUGGCCAUUUACCUCGCCUUAGUUUUCGUAUAGGCACAGCUUUGCCGCUCUCUUUCACUUACGCACUCGCGCUCGUAUUUCCUCUCUCUUUACAAAUGUUUGGUAGCUUGUGAAUUAUAUUCACCACACCCUAAUGUUGUAUUGUGCAACUGUGUGCUCGAGUUGUUACUUUAAAAAAGAUACACACACACACACACUUUGAUAGCACGACAAACGAAGCAUGAGCACGUGUACUCGUGACGAGUUAGUACGAAUACUCGCAUGCGAUUUGUAUAUUCCGUUAACCGUGGUUUGUGUUAUUAAAAAUACAGUAAAAACAAAUUUGUCGUCAUCACUUUUUUACAUACACACACACUUGAAUGCAAGUAAUAGUAAUAGCCUCCCCCACUAACACUGCUGUGGCAAUUGCUGCGGCUGCAAGUGUAGACUUCAAUUUGUUGCCUACUUUUGUGCGCACCACCACCCAAGUGCCGAAGUUUUGUGCAGUUGUUAAAGUUCAGUCAUGGCUGGUAAAUAAUUUUCAGCAGCUUUCGACUUCUACCCGCUCGGUUAAGUAUUGCGGUGUCGGCAUUAACCAUAUAUAACUGGCAUACACCAAAACGAUUCCUGCAUUGCCUUCACUGCAACAGGAGAUAGUAUUACAGAGAUGAAAGCGCAAAAGUGGAAAAUAGCAAGUGGCGGUAAUGGAAUGUUAGUGUUGUUUGUUGAAUGAAACUAAAACAGAUGUUAAAAAAAAAAAAAUGAACUGUUGGUAAUUUCUAUAAUGCUUAAAAAUUAAAAUUGUAAAGUGACAUGAAAACAUAUACUGUGCAAGUCGUAGACCUUUUCUGAUUACUUACUGAUAAAACAUAAAGUGAGAAUAAAACUUAAAUUAUGACAAGUGUGCUAUUCAAAAGCUAAAAUAAUUGCAAAGUGUAAAUCUAGUUAUGCUCAAUCCAAUAUUUGAUUUAAUAAAAUCUCAAUGAUUCGACUAAAUGUUGUGUAGAAGUACAUCAUUUCAAACCAACUUUUGCCGGAAUGCAAAAAGUGAAGAGGAAAUGUGUGCAAGAAAUAAAUUAAGUAGGACUUGAGAUACCAGCUACGUAUGUGAUAAUCUGAUAUUUUUAUAAAAUUUUAAAUUUGCCAAAAUAAUAUUUUUCCAAACUGCGCGAGUUUUAUAAAAUAUUGAUCUCAAAUGUGGCAUAGUGACAUGAAAAAUUAAAUUUCACGGAAUUUCUUAACAAAAUGACGCUUACUUGUUAAAUAUUAACAAGAAAAUUUAAACUGAGUUGUGCAUUUGUUUGUUACUUCAUUCCAAAAAAAUUUUUUUAGCAUUGUUUUGUAAAAAUUGUAUUGAAUAUCAAACAAACAAUGUUUAAGUAUAUAUGCAAUUGAGCAAAUAUUUGGUCUUUACUGUGCAUCACAAACAACAACCAUAAACUAGUUGUAUUGGCUUGACUUCAACUGACAAACAACCUGACUAAGUAAAAUUAGCUUUCUUAGAUCAAAUGAAAUGGAUUAGAGUGUUAACAAGACAGCAAUGUUAAACUGCUAAAGUCAAUAAAAGAUUACCAUAUCCAUCUAAUACUACAAGCAAAGAGAAGAACAAUAACGGUAUGCUAACAAAAGUUACAAUACCAAAAUGACUAAUAACUAAACGAGGCAGGCAUUUCCAUAAUUCCAUUCGGCAACAAAAUAGCUUCAAUAUAGACAAUGCAACACAAUAUCACCGCUAAUACAAAAGGAGAGCAAAAUACAUACUGAUUGAUUUCAGAGGAAUACAAGUUUAACUGCGAAACAAUUGCUAGAAAUUACGGCACUCAACGCAACUGUAAAUUACAAACACAAAAAAUUAUUAUAGCUAAAUACAAUAAAAAGUGUUUUCUCAUCGUUCAAACCAUGGGCUCCGGUCAUUACAUUUGGGCGAUAUUCUUUUUUGCCAGUUUAUGUAGUGCAUCACUAGCUAAUAAUGCCAAAAUAAAUUUCCGAGAAAAGGAGAAAAAAGUCUUAGACCAAAUUUUAGGUGCAGGAAAAUAUGAUGCCAGAAUACGUCCAUCCGGAAUAAACGGCACGGAAAAUGCGCCUACUCUUGUCUAUGUCAACAUGUUCCUACGGUCAAUCUCAAAAAUCGACGAUUACAAAAUGGAAUACAGCGUGCAAUUGACUUUCCGCGAGCAAUGGACCGAUGAGCGGCUGAAAUUCGAUGACAUACAAGGUCGUCUCAAGUAUUUAACAUUGACUGAAGCGAAUCGUGUAUGGAUGCCCGAUUUGUUUUUCUCAAAUGAAAAGGAGGGUCAUUUCCACAACAUAAUCAUGCCGAAUGUUUAUAUACGCAUCUUUCCAAAUGGUUCCGUAUUAUACAGUAUUCGUAUCUCACUGACGCUGGCUUGUCCAAUGAAUCUGAAAUUAUAUCCCUUGGAUCGACAAAUAUGUUCACUGCGCAUGGCUAGUUAUGGUUGGACAACAAACGAUCUGGUAUUCCUGUGGAAGGAGGGUGAUCCAGUGCAAGUGGUUAAAAACUUACACCUACCUCGCUUCACACUUGAAAAAUUCUUGACUGAUUAUUGCAACAGUAAAACUAAUACGGGUGAAUACAGUUGCCUCAAAGUCGAUCUACUAUUCAAGCGAGAAUUCUCAUAUUACUUAAUCCAAAUUUAUAUCCCAUGCUGUAUGUUGGUCAUUGUCUCAUGGGUGUCAUUCUGGCUUGAUCAAGGCGCCGUACCAGCACGUGUGUCAUUGGGUGUCACCACCCUACUCACCAUGGCCACGCAAACGUCUGGCAUAAAUGCCUCACUGCCGCCUGUCUCCUACACGAAGGCGAUCGACGUUUGGACCGGCGUCUGUUUGACAUUCGUCUUUGGCGCAUUGCUCGAAUUCGCGCUGGUGAACUAUGCCUCCCGUUCAGGUUUGAAUAAAGCUAAUCGGGCCGCAGACAUACAUAAGGAGAAUUUGAAAAAGAAACGUCGCGAUUUGGAGCAGGCCAGCUUAGACGCUGCUUCAGAUCUGCUCGACACUGACAGUAAUGCAACAUUCGCAAUGAAGCCACUGGUGCGUCACCCCGGCGAUCCGAUGGCCUUGGAGAAGUUGCGCCAAUGCGAGGUGCAUAUGCAGCCGCCCAAACGUCCAAACUGCUGUAAGACCUGGCUAUCAAAGUUUCCUACAAGACAAUGUUCUAGAUCGAAGCGAAUCGAUGUUAUAUCACGAAUAACGUUUCCGCUGGUCUUUGCGUUAUUCAAUUUGGUCUACUGGAGCACAUAUCUCUUCAGGGAAGAGGAGGAUGAGACCUUCUAAAGUUGAUCCGUUUGUGAUGUUCAUAUCUAUGAAAAGACAGCAGAGCAGAAAACUAGGAAUAAGAAGCUAUGUAGAAUCGAAAAAUCGUAAAAUCAAAAACAAAAAAAGCAUUACACGCGUUAUAACUUGAAAAAAGUGCCAUGCAUGCAUACAUAUUAUACAUACGUACAUCGAGCAAGAUCGGCAGUAAACGGUAACAGCGAGAGUGGUAAAAAUUAGCUCAAUAAAAAGAGCAAAUACAAUUAUUAAUUUUAAUUAUAAAAAGUACAUUAAUUUAAAAAUAGAUAAAAUAAUUGAAAUAGGCAAUUUUAUGUUCGUAAAUAAGCUAAGAAGGUUAACAAGCAGCAAAUUCAUGUAUGUAUAGCGAAUGUCAUAUAAUUUACAUAAACAUAUCUAAAUUUAAGUUUCUUAAAUUACAUUUACCAUAUUUUAGAUUAAAUUGAUGUUUCUUAGUUAUAUUCAUACUUUAUGCGUGUUUUAGAGAACCUCUUAAUGCAGUCAAUUAAACAUUUUUCCCUCUUAGUAUUAGUCUAUAUAAUACGCUAAUUAACUAAAUUAAGUGGCUGUCUGAAAAGCCUAUUAUUGUACAUGCAAUUAUUUAAGUACUAGAAAUAGUCAUUCUCAAAUCAUUUAACUUUUACGACCAACAUUCAAUUACAGGUAAUAACCUAUAUGAGUUAAUAACGGAAUGUGUUUAAGUCACAGAGUUUUUCGGCAUUGACUUCAAAAUUCUCUGUAUUUUUCAUAUAAAUUGCAUAGCUUUUAUAUAAACUACUUUUUGUAUGAUGGACUCAAAGCGCAUAAUUUAUCAUAUCGUCUUGAGUUUUCUUCAUUAAUUUAUUUGUCACUUCUACUUAAUUAUAGUAGUUUUACUUCAAAUUACCAAAUAUUUAAGAUUAUUCUUAAAGAUUUGCUUGCAUAAAGUAUUUUACCAGUUUGUACUUAUAUUCCUUGCAGCACCAUGUAUUAAGAAAUUUCUACUCUCUCACUUUUUAAAGAAAAAUUACUGAAGCUAGAUUAGCAAAAUCGUACGAGCAACUCAAACUGCAAACAUUUGCAGAAUAAUAAUGUAUACAAUUAUUGUAAAUAUUCUGAAUUAAUAUCAAUUGCGAUACAAGGAAGAAAUUAUGCAUAAUUCAAGUUAGACAGUCAGAAUGAGUUAUCACAGUAGAAAGAAUGUAUGAAAUUAGUAGUUCUCUCUCAAAAAUUUAUUUAAGACGCCGACGUCCUUGAAUGUCAAUCUGAAAGAAGAGCGAAGGCAUAUACAUUACAAUGAAGUAGUUUUUAUUUUUAAUAGUUGUUUCGCAGACCCUAAAUUUAGUCAAUUAGUGUAUUGUAUAAACUAAUUUCGGAAAAUGCUAAUUGACUAAAUAACCGAGUUGUUCACAAUGUUCCUAAAUUGAAUUGCAAUUAUUUCCAUUGCCGCACAUUUCCUACACAAGUAUUCGUAUACAAUUUUAAAUAUACUUGUAUUUUGGAAAUUCAUGUGUUAAUAUUCACAAAAAAAAAAAAAAAAAAUCCAAACUUUAAUUUUAUUAAUUUGUUAAGGCAAUCAUUGAAGUUUUAUGUCGUUUCAACCGAGUUUCCUCACAUUUAAACUUACAUAACAUUUUCAAACAAAGCUAUUAGAAUCCAGAAUGUCAAUUAUGUUUGUAAAUAUGUUUGAAAUGAUUUGUUAUCACAUAAAAUUAAAAAAAAAUGUCAUUUCAGAACUGUUGCAUUACAUUUAUAUUUGAAAAUUAUUUUAAGUGUGUUACUAAGAGUGUAAAUUAAGCAAAAAACUGUGUAUUUCUAAAAGCUUACAUAGGUUAAUAUUUGUUUGUAAAAUAAAAUGUCAAUGUUUUUUGUAAAAUCAAAAAAUUGAAUUAUUUAAUUUAAUCCGAUUCGUUGAAUGCGUUUUGUUUCGAGGCUUAAAAAUUAGCAAUUAACUGGUGGGUACAACUACAAAAUUAAAAUAGCUUUUGCUAUAUUCAGUUUGAAUUAUUUUUCUAGUUCGCACUUAUUUAAAUGAAUCGUAUCAUAGUUGUAAUCUUAUUUUUUUUAAUAAAGUUUGAUUUUACUUUAAAAAUGUACAUACAUUUUCUAUUUCAUUAAUUACUGAUGUUAAUAUUUUAACUUGUAAAAUAAAAUAUUAAUUCAAUAUUUCAAUUAGAAAUUUUUAUUCAAUUAUUUAAAAUAAAUUAGUUCAUGCGUAGAAUUUACUAUAUUAGUGAAAUUUUAUUAGUUACAAAUUUUAAGCCAUUUCUCAAUAACUUUUUGAUGCAAGCUGUAGAUUUUUGCUUAACAUACACAGUGAAAAAUACUUUUUAUAUAUGUUACAUAAAACAUUUACUUUCUUGUUAAGUAGUAAGAUCUUAAAAUUAUCUUUGCUACCAAUUUAAUUAUAGUUUAUGAACAUAUUUUUAGCAAAUAAUUUAUAGGAGAUUCAGAAAGCCAUUCGACUAAUUUAAAGUCUGCAAACAAGUUUUCCAUGUACGUGUUGAUGUAGCCAAUUUACUACUUGAGCAAACUAAGGCGUUGACUGUAACAACUGAUACCAGCUUUCUGUUGUUGUUGUUGUUGUUGUAGCAGCAGAAACCAUACCUGAAAUGGUGCCGAGUUGCCAGUCUUAUAAAAAUUCGUGUCCGUUGCGGUUACCUAGACCCGAUUGUCGUGGGAAUGUUACGAGCUUCCUCUUCAUUAGUGGUAUGCAACUUGAAGAUUAAGCUACAAGCAAUGUACAAAAUACGUUGCUGGAUUAGAUGGCUUCAGUAAUGGUUUUAAACUUCUUUCUUUUUAAAUAAAACAUGUUCACCUCCAAAAAUUCUAACAUAAUUGCCGUGUAGUGUCUAAAACUAAUUCCAUUUCAAUACCAUUUAUACUUUGAACCAAAUGUGUUAUAACGCUCGCUAUUGAUAACGGUUUCGAAAGAAAAAUAAGGCCGGAUGAUCUGCACCAAACGGUAUAUUUUUGGUAAUGCAAUUGCGUUUCCUGAACCACACGAGAAUUUGACUUAUCCCAAUAGCGACAAUUUUAUUUGCUGACGGCACUAUCAAGACAAAAAUGGGCUUCAUCAGAGAAGAUGAUUUUUCGAUGAACGUGAAUAUGUGAAUUAUUCGGAGAACGUGAAUAAGCGUAAAAAUCUUGGCCAAUUUUCAAGCGUUGUACCAAAGUGAAACGUAACAUGUUGAAAUGGCAAACCUCACUGAACACACGGACAAAAUUUGACACAAAUCCGUAAACAAACAUGGCCGCCACCAGCUGUCCCAAUCACGUUAUUCCUUGUGGUACACGCGUUUUUUAAAUAAUAUAUUCUUUAAUUUAAAGUUCUUACCUCAGAAUUCGCUCACAACUUCAAAGAUUUCAUAUAUUAUUAUACUUUUUUUCAAUACUAAACAGUUUUCAGUUUUGUAGUAUACACUUAAGUCAACCUAGUUAUUUAGGGUAGUAUGAAAAUCUAUAUACAAACACUUACUUAGUAACUGGAAAACAAAAAAUAAAAAAACUCAUAAACAUGCAAUAAAUAGCAGCUUUACUAAUCACAUUACUAUGAUCAUAAUAUUUAAGUGUCAAAAUAUUGGUUUCACGCACACAGAUACAAAGAAUACACAAAAUUGUAAAAAAAAUAAUAAAUAAUCGAAGAAAGCCACUAAGUGUUAGUAUAAAAAAAUAAACAAAUUAAUUUUAAACUAAAAAUUUAAAAGUAUAAAUUUAAAUAUGGCAUAAAUAUGAAAUUUUAAAAACCCUUGCUAUAUAAACCAAUUGUAGUUUACUUACACUCAAAAUCAUGUAAUUAUUGUGUACUCUUGUGUACCCACUCCCAGAUCGCACGUAAUGCCGGAAGUACGAAGUAAAGAAAUGAAUUCUACAUAGCAAAUUCCCUUAGCGAGCGUCAAGUUGUGAGAUUUAUAGCUAGAGCUCGUUUAGUUAACCAAAACUCAUUCCAGCUUUCAUUUACUUUUAUCAUUAAAUUCACUUUUAUUUUCAAUUUGUUGUCUUCUUGCUAUGUACAUAACCAUUUACAAUUAAUUUCUAUUUUUAAAUUAUUUUCAAAUACAUUUAUAAUUAGUUAAUUAAUUUGCUUGGUUGAAGAGCUCAAAUGUAAGCAUUUUCACAUUAGCGUUGGUUGAAAUGAACUUGAUGUAACAAUGAACAAACAAAAACAACAAAAUAAAUAACAGUAACAUCUUGAAAGCAUAUAAGAAAAUAUUAUGUUGGAAAUGUGAGUAACACAAGUUGUGUAAAAGCGUAAAUAUAUAAAAAUAUAUAUAGGUAUAUAUAUAUAUAUUUGCAAUGAAAUUAUGUACACAUAAGUAAAUAAGUCUAUAUAAAAUCAUACAUGCAUAUGUAUGUGUUACAAGGAGAGCGCAUAGAAAUUGAGGGGCGUGUGGAUCGUAAGUUGAUACUCCUAAUGCUGGGCGUUCCAAUGUGGAGUGUAUGGAAAGUUCAAUGAGUGGAUGUCGAUGAAUAUCAAAGCGCGGAAAUAAUUACUCGUGCAUACAGGGUUUUUUCUAGCAACCGAGGCAUUGUAAGUGUAAUAACUACAUAUUUAACAUAAUAAUAAUAGAUUGUUGAAGACUUGAAUAUAAGUGUUAAUAACUAAAUCUAUGUAUUAAGUGUGAGAAUAAGUGUGAUUAAUUUAGCAAAAAGCACAUAAAUAAUGAAUAUAAUAAACUAAUACGCAUGUGACCUUUUUAAACCAAAAUAAUAUGGAAUAGAUUGUGGAAGGAAUUAUUAUUUCAUUAAUCAGCAAUAAUAAUCACAAAACAUGUAUUUUUUAGGAGAGUUCUACAUGGUUUAAGUGCUUUUUGAACACUUCCGAGCCUAAAUAGUAUGAAUAUUAAUAAAUAUUUAAUCUAAGGAUAUAUUUUCCAUUUGUUGUUUAGGGAAUUCACAAUUCACGGUUAGAAGACACCAAAACGAUUUUGAAAACUUUAUGUACAGCAAAAAUCCAUUUUAUUUAUUUUUUUGUUAUGAUAGAAAGUUCUUCUUACGGAAAUACAUUUUUUUAUAUUAAGUUUGCCACGAAGCUUGUAAGAUAGGAAACGUCGGACACCCUACAAAGUAUAUACCAUAUAUAAUUGAUAAGCGUAACGUCUGUCCGUUUGCAUAUGGUAUAAGCGAACGAGUUCCUCAGCCUUUGAGACCAGACAUUUCACACACAUCAUUUUCUCACCAAGACGCCGCUCAUCUGUCGGAACCGCCAAUAUCGGCUUACUAAAACAUUUAGCUGUCACUACAUAAAUUAAAUGAACGGAUUCAAGUGCUGGUACGGAAAGUUUCGACAUUUCACCAGAUAUAAGGCAGUAAUGCAAAUUUCGAAGCAAUUGCUCAUGGCGGACCACUAUGGCAUACAGCUGCCAUAUAAACUGCACAAUCGGAAUCAAGAUAAAGAUCCUUUAAUACUGCUUUAUACUAUAAAAAUGCCCCUGUGAAGGGUAUUAUAGCUUUGGUACAGCCAAAGUUAACGUUUUUUCUUGUUUUGAAAUAACAUAAAUUUAAUUUCGCAUUCGUAUGUCUCCGCAAUGUGGGAUAAUUAAGUGUUUUCUGUUCGGUGGGCACCCCUUAAUUGAGUCAAUUAAGCAUUUAUUUUUUACAUUUAUUCAUUUGUACAAUUUGUUUAUUUUCUAAAUUAAGGGUAUGAAACGCCAAUAUACUAUUACAUCUGUUCACAUUUUCAAUUAACAAACGAGACUUGUGAGACUUGUGAGACGUUGCAUGCAAGGUGUGCCUUAAGCUCAAUUAACUGCUUAAUGACUUAGUGGUAAGACAGUUGUGUCAUUCUGAUUCCAUUGACAUGAUUAUUUUUGGGUUUAAAAAUGUCACAAGCGAAAUGAAAAACUGCAAACAAAGAAAUUAUUUUAUAAUUAGCAAAUAGGUUGUGGUAAUUAUUCGCCAAUUGUGGCUAAUGACAUAUGUAUGUAUUGUGCAUUUGAUUUUGUCUUGUUCAAAAAUACUUUUAUACAUGUUUUCAAAUUAUGUACUUACAAAAACUAAUAAGGUAUACAUAUUAAUUUGAUUCGUCAAUUAUGCAGAAGAUUUAAUGUGUUGAAAAAAGAAAAAAAUUUAUAUAUAUUCAUGCAUAUAACUAUAUGCAUAAUAUAAAUGCGUACAUAUAUAUGUAUGUUCAAACCAUGUAAAUAUUACUUACAAACUAUUUUGAAUUUAGAAAAUGUGUAGUAACAACUAUUAGUUAAGUGUAAAAAAAUACAAAAAAAAAAAUGAAAUAUUAGAUGAUUAAGUUAAGAUAUGAAUGUUGCACACAAAUGAAUAUAAAAACUAAUUGUUUAAUAUAAGUUCACUAAGCCGAGAUUUUAAUGGGUUUGUGUUAAUUGUCUGAAUUGUAAAAAUAUUAAAAUUAAGUUUAAUUAUAACUUAUUUGGUUGCAAAAUAAGAACUGAACACUAUUGAAAACACUAAAUGUGUCAUGAAUAGAGAAGAUAAUAAUGAUAAUUAUUUGAAAUAUAUCAAGCAAAUUUUAACUAUAAUUGAUAAGAACAUACAAGCAUAAAAGUGGCACAAUAAAAAUAUUUGUCGCGGCGUGAUCAAGCAGGCGCACCAAUGUGUAAAAGAAGAGCUUUAAGCUUUACUCUAUGCAUAUAAAAAUAAAUUGAUGCGUCGUAAACAAUAUAAUCAUAUGUUAAGAUUGGCGUUGAACACCGACUACUAAAACUUAUGUCAAAACAGAGAAAGAGAAAAGCACUUUAACUACUUUACAACUUGGUGAAAAACCAAAAUGAAGAUUUUAACAAGAUGCAACUAAAAGCUCGUUUCGCUACGCCAUCAAAAAGUAGAAGCAAAUAGAAACACAUUGACAUAUAGAGAUACUUUUUUACCGAAAUUCAUGCCAAAUCUAAACACACACCCACAUAUGUACACGUGAAAGAAGUAGGUCCGCCGAAGCAAAAUAAUAUAAAACACUUCUAUAACUACAACUAUAUACCAUAUACUUGUUGUAUUUAAUAUCGUCUGCUAACUAUACUUGUAUUAUAUUGACAAAUUUUUUGCUGUAGCUAAAUAAAAAGCAGCGUCCUUUGUGUAGUUAAUAUUUGUAUGCUAAAUGUGAGUUCGGUGUAUAUAAAAAAAAUAACUACAAAAUUUAAUAAAUAACAAUAAAUUGUUGUUUAGGCUUAAGUAAGCUUGGUUUGCAUUGCAGUGCAGCUUUAACCGGUUUGCUUUAAAAAUACCUUUAAAAAAAGGAUGUUCUAACACAGGGUGACUGAAAUGUAUGUAUUUUCACUUUUCAAGCGUUUAUAAAAGCUGCACGCUUCAGAGAUAUAUGCUUUUUUCAUUAAAUAAUUUUAAUAUAAUUAUUUUAUAUAAUAAUUAUAUAUUUUAUUCUUCCUAUGAAAUCGCUGUUUAUAUUGACGCUGCUGCCAACUAGAGCGAGAUUGUUACUCUAGCGGACGAGGUCGAUAUGUUGUCAAACAUUUCGCUUACUACACCCAUUGGUUGGAUUGUAGCGUGAGAAUUUUUCUUUUCUCGCUGAAAUCACAUUUAAUAACAAAAUCUUCUUCCUCGAACUUCAUGAAAGUAGGGAGCAGUUAUGACAUUUGCUGACAAAGCGUCGAAUACAGUAACAUUGGUCAAAUGCAAGGAUUUUGACACCACUUUAUGUGAAAGUGUGCCUCAUCUGAAAAAAAAAAUACUAAAGCUGGCAAAACUCUCUAACAUACGCCCGCUAAUCUUGAGAUUUUUAUUUCUAUAGCAUUUGAAUUUUGGACGCAGGUAAUAUGCUAUCGACAUCACAUAACGUUCUGCUCUUUGUAGUUGCUUUUUUUAUUAAAUACAAUUUUUCAAGCUUUUCUAAUGUCUAUUAAAAAAGUGAAUUGUUAUAACUUCAUUGCUAUAAUAAAUAUUUUACUAUGCUUAGUAUUUGCUUUGCGUUGAGGUCGACAAUUGUUGUUAUGCGUAAAAAUAUUUUCCUUUUCAAAAAGGAUUGCUUAUAUCUGUUACAUUUUGACAGAGUUUGAAAUUGUGAAACUGCUUUCCAUCAUUUUAUAACAUUUUCAAAUAUAAUAUAAUAUAUGACACUACUGGUAAAAACAAAAACAAAUCCAUUUUCGCAUCAAGUACUCUUAUUACAUUAAUAGCGUUCAUUGUAUUCGGCGAACUACACUUUGAAAAAGGCAAAAAUAAACAAACUACUGUUAAUAAACUUCGAAAAAACUAUAUACUUACAUAUAUGUACAUUAAUGUUCACCACUAAGAAAGAAAUUUCAAUGAAAAUUGCGCAAGCCAAAAAUAGACAACUUGCUGGCGAUCACUUAUCAUUUGAACGAAGAAGUUGUAGUUAAAGAAAAAAGAAAAAAUGUUUGUAAAGAAGUAUGCAAAAUCAAAAUCGGACAGAGCAAACAACAACAAAACGAAGUCUUUAUGACCAAGUCACAAGUUUGACAGAUGACAGAUGAAGUAUUGCAGUGAGUCUGGUAGCGUUUAUCAAAGCUCAUGUUAGACAUUAUGUGUGCAAUUAAAAAAAAAAAUAUAUAUAUAUAAAAGUAUAUAAAAUAUCUAUUUGUAUAUUUUCUAUUGUGUAAUAAAUCACAAAAAACGAUUUUAUGUGUAUGUAUGUAUGUACUUUUGUAUAAAUUUCAUAUUUGAAGUCUUCCUCCUGCAUUCACACACCCAAGUCAAGUACUACUAAGCACAUGCAACAUCAAUGAAUACAUACAUACACACAUACCAACUAACUAAGCAACUAACUAACUAAAAAUAAAUAAAUAAAUGAAUAAUUAUGUUAAGUAUAAGCCACAUAUUGCACCGUUGUUUCAUCUCACGUGAAGUUUUCAUUACACAAAUCUUUGAAAUUACAGCCCGGCACAAGACAAAAGAAUUCUGUAGAAACUCUCAUGUUCGAUGUUCACCUAUGAAUCAAUGAAAAUAAUUUAAGCAGAGAUAAAAUCACAAACAUAAUUAGAUUAAUUGUAAUAUUACCAUACCUUGUAAACAUAUGUGCAUGCAUGCAUUUGGGUAUAUCUGUGUGUGUGUGUACAUAUGUAAGCUUACAUAUAAGAAUAAAUGAGAACCGAAAUAAUGUAAAAUAAAACAGGUGAAACAAAUGAAGCAGAAUUCUAAUGAACAAUGUUUAUAUUAUAUUAUGUGCAUACAAAAUAACUAAUAAAUAAAGCAAAUUUGUUGUAAAACCGGUUACACGUUGGUAUUAAUAGUGAAGUUAUUCCGAUGAGCUAGAAGCAUAUGAAAAACGGAAUGAAUAAAAUGUACGCGUAUGUUUAAAGCUAAAUUAAAAUAAGAAAUUAGUGAAUAAAAAUGAAAAUGAUUAAUAUUUAGAUAGACCGCUUAUCUUUUCUUGAGUUCAAACUUAAUGUGAAUUUUUCGGAAAAAUAUCUUUAUAUUAAAAUGUUAUUAUAAAUAGCGAAAUACUCCACAGAUGAGACGCGGUUGACUAAAAUAAUUAAUGCUACACACUAACGGCGCACAGUGGUUUCACAUUGAUUCGUCGAGUCAACUGUCAGUGUGGGGUCCACACUGUGGACAUUCGCGAUUUCCAAUGUUUAACAAUUGUUUCGAAAAAUAUCUAAGCACUCGGAUAUCUACCACACUAGAGUUGGAAUAAUUGACAGAGUCUGCCAAAAAUCAAUGAACAACAUAAUCAUGAUUCCAAAAAAGUGUUUUAGUCAUUUCAAAAUAAAGCGAAAUAUUUAAAUAUCAAUUAAUAUUAUAAAAAAAAUAUUUAAAAAGAGUAAUGAAGUUCGAAGUGAACCAAAUUUAGUUAAUAUAUAUGUACAUAUAUAAUAUAUAUAUACACUAAGAGCAGAAAGUUUAUAUAAUAUAUAACUACUUUACUAGAGUGAGAAAGAUGGAUUACCUUCAUGUAUAAGUAUACAUAUAUGUAUGUAUAUACAUAGGUAUAUCUAUAUGAAGGUGUAAAAAUCAAAAAUACCUUUUUUGUAGAGCGGAAAAUUUUAUAUUAGAAUAUUAAUUUUGUUUAUUUGUUAUGGAGAUAAAAAAUUUAUUGCACAAAUUACCAAAAUCCCAGUUGAAAUAUAUGGUAGAAGUAAAAUUAUUGGUAUAUGGACAUGGUUUGAAUUGCAAAUACAGAGUUGGUUUACGUUGGAUUCUUUAGGACAAAAACUGAAACUUCAGGGCGCAUUUCCAAAAAAAAGUUUCAACUUGGGAAAUAACGCACACCCAAAUGUUUAUAUAUAUGAUGCACGCAGCAAUUGCUUUAUUUGAUUUGACAGUUGAUUUGAGA